GUCGACGGCCCUCGCGGGAGCAGUUCGGCGCAGCGAGCGCGCGCGCUUCUGCCCCAGGCCGGCGUCGAUUUCUCGCGACAAUCUGCUUCCGAGAGGCCUGCCGCCCAGCGUCGCUUCGGCCGGGAGGGCGAGCGCCGUCGCAUGGACUGACAUGGCCGCCGAGCUCGCCAUGAGCGCAGAGCUGCCCAACAGCCCGCUGGCCAUCGAGUACGUCAACGACUUUGACCUGAUGAAGUUCGAGGUGAAGAAGGAGCCCCCGGAAGCCGAGCGCUACUGCCACCGCCUGCCGUCGGGCUCGCUCUCGUCGACCCCCAUCAGCACGCCGUGCUCCUCGGUGCCUUCCUCGCCCAGCUUCUGCGCCCCGAGUCCCGGCGCGCAGGCCAACCAGAGCCUGUCCGGCGGCGGGGCGGCCGGCGCCGGCACCGGCGGCGGCGGCGGCGGCAACGGUCAGCACAACAACGGGGCCAAGCCGCAGCUGGAGGACCUGUACUGGAUCCCCAGCUACCAGCACCACAUCAACCCCGAGGCGCUCAAUCUGACCCCGGAGGACGCGGUGGAGGCCCUCAUCGGCAACGCGCACCACCACCACCACCACCACCACCAGGCCUACGAGGGCUUCCGCGGCCAGCAGUACGCCGGGGAGGACCUGUCGGCGGCUUCGGCCGCCCACCACCACCACCACCACCACCACCAGGGCCACCACCAUCACCACCACCACCACGUGCGCCUGGAGGAGCGCUUCUCCGACGAGCAGCUGGUCAGCAUGACCGUGCGCGAGCUCAACCGGCAGCUGCGCGGCUUCAGCAAGGAGGAGGUGAUCCGCCUCAAGCAGAAGAGGCGCACCCUGAAGAACCGCGGCUACGCGCAGUCGUGCCGCUUCAAGCGCGUGCAGCAGAGGCACAUGCUGGAGACGGAGAAGUGCACGCUGCAGAACCAGGUGGAGCAGCUCAAGCAGGACGUGGCGCGCCUGGCCAAGGAGAGGGACCUGUACAAGGAGAAGUACGAGAAGCUGGCCGGCCGGACCUACGGCCCCGCCGCCGUCGCCGCCGGACCCCCCGGCUCCAGAGAUCCCGCCGGCAAGCAGGCCGACUUCUUCAUGUGAUGGACUGGCGCGGCGCGAAGCCCGCCUACCCGUCCGCUCUCCUCUUCGUCUCGUCGUCGUCGUCGUCCGGGAGCGUUUUGCUUCCGGGUCGACAACCCCUGCACGCAGCACCAGAUCGCCGUCCCACAACGCGCAUUUUGAGUCUUAAAACUUUUUUUUGGAGGGUCGCAUCAGGCGACGCGGGCACGCGCCGGCCGUCGCCUUCCAACCUGCUCGACAAGUCUUAAGUGACAUUCGGCGGCUUCUUCGACGCGAAGCUUGUGAACGCGUCGCUCGGACUGAAGCGGCCCAAGAAUGAAAAAACAAAAAAAAAAAAAAACCCAAGGGGACAUUCGGACACCGCCAGUGUGUUCGCUCCUCGUCGCUCCGUUCGCCAGCAUGCAGGACAUGUAUGGUCCGGUCCCGGUGCCCUCGCGUCUGCUCAGCAUGCAGCUUCCUCCUUCCUCCCGCUCCUCACGAGACGCGCCGCGACUCGAGCGGCCGCCGCGCAAAUCCGCUCGUUGCGGAGACAAAACCCAAACACGGAUGCGUAUUUCACGGCUCGUCUCGAUCCAUUUUUUUUCUAAAGACAUUUGCCGAGCCAGAGCGGAGACGAUUUAUUUCCAAGUGUACAUAAAAUGUCGAGAAAACGGUCCUCGCGUUUAUUUGACGAGCUCCCCCAGCGAGCUUUUUUUUUUUUUUUAAGAAAAAGAAGAAAACCAAAUCGCGUUUGUUGCUUGGAUGUUACAGUCGCGUCUUAAUAACAAAUGUUCGUCGAGGUCACAGCAUGCAAAUCGUCUCUCGGGUGUGGACUGUAAAACAAAACAAAACAAAACAAACCCGCGGAGGCGCCCUCCGCCUUUGGCGGCCUCCGCGGCACUGACAACGAUGCUUGCAUUUUUUUAUUUUUUUGAAACCAAGCUCUUGUUUUUUAGAUCGUAGAUCCUUGAAAAGGCCAUUUUAAUUUUCAACGAAGCUCGCGUUUUCUAGGUUUUAAAAAAUCGAUUUGAAUUUUAGAAGGUGACGUCCUUAUUUUGCUGACGGACUGGCUGCAUUGGCUGCGAAAAGUCCAGACGCCAACUGACGACCAUUCGAAUCAUUCUUUUCUUUCACCUUAUUUUUAUUUGUUUAUUUUUUUGUAAUGAAAAAAAAAAAGGUGCAUUGGACUUAUUUCAUUCACAAAACGACAUGUCUGAUAAUCGGGCGACGUGUCGAGUAGACUCUUAAUUUUUUUCCCCCCCUUCUUUAUUCGGCAUCUUACUUGGCCUUGUAACAACAAAUUGUGCAGCUGACAAGAAACGCGCAUUCGGCGUGGCUGAGCCGCCGGGACGAAGUUGCCGCGGCUCGGCCGACCGAAGGUGCGACCGCAGGCGCGUGCCAGCUCCUUUCAAACGUCACCUUCAAAAAGAAGACCGAGUUCAGGACAUUCUCCGAUGGAUUUAUUGGAUUUUUAUUUUAUUAUUUUUUUUUUUUACAUUUUUUAAAAAUGUAUCCGCGGCCAGCAACCCGCUUCCUCUUGGCCCGAACUUUUCAGUCUCAGUUUUCUCAUCAGUCAUCAGUCUUCUUCUAAAAAUUCAAAAACAAAAAAAAAAAAAAGAGAGAGCGAGCGAGCCCCGUUCCCGACUCGACCCUCAUCAAUCUUAUCGAUCGAUGGGGAAAGGUAAGGGAGUUCCGCACAGUGCUGCUAAUGUAUAUCUGUAAAUAGUUUCGAUAUUUAUUGGCUCGAGGUGUCCGUCCGACUGUCCGCAAAAAGGCCGCAAGGUGGAACGUUGUCGAGAAUCUUGUUUUGCUAAAGUUGAAUAAAAAGACGUGUCCCAUC